AUGGCUAAAGAUAGUGAAGAACAAUUAAACAAUGAGAAACCUUCUUCAUUAUCGUGUUUCAAGAAGAUCUCAUUCCCAUGCAAUACCAUUUUCUUGAUCUCAAACGCAAUCUUCCUCGUCACAGCGGUGUUCUGGUUUGUUACCGUCAUAAUAUUGCAUUACAGGACCGAUGAGUGUAACCGGUCCGUCACAACUCCCGGAAUCUUCAUAAGCUUCUCAUUGCUCGUCAUGUCCCUCUCUGGAUUCUACGCAGCUUACUUAAAAUCCGAUUGUCUCUUCCGAAUCCACUUCUUUAUCUUCUUCUUGUGGAUGUUUGUGAUCGUGGCGAAAGCCGCCUUCUUCACUUUUCUAAAUAAGGAGACCGGUUCUAGGUUGUUUCCUGGGACCGCGAUCGGUGAGUAUAGGUUCGAGGAUUACUCAGGAUGGGUUCGUAGGUUGGUCAUCAAAGACGAUGACUGGUAUCGUACUAGGAGAUGUCUUGUUAAGGACCAUGUUUGUAACAAGUUAAACCAAAACAUAUCAGCUUCUGAGUUUUAUCAGAUGAAUCUAACUCCUAUACAGUCGGGUUGCUGCAAACCACCACUUUCAUGUGGAUUGAAAUACGAAAAACCAAAUAUUUGGACAGUUUCAAGAUAUUAUAACAAUUUUGAAGAUGAUUGCAAGAGAUGGAACAAUUCUGCAGAUACAUUAUGCUUCGAUUGCAAUUCGUGUAAAGCUGGGAUUCUUGCAGAUUUACAUAAUAAUUCUUUUUCCGUCACAGCUAACGUUCUUAAUAUCACCCUUAGUCUUUCCAUCGGCAUUACCGGUUGGUUUGCCUGGUUAAGGAUCCUUCGAGAAACUCAGAAAUAG